UUUCCACCACCACCACACAAACAGAAAAAAGAAAAUAUGGCCCAGACAAAGAAAGAUCUCAUCCCAAUCAUCAUCUAUGGCUCUUCUUCCCUCCAUUUCCCAUGUCUACUCCUCCCAACGCUGUCUUCCAUUUCUUCUUCCUUCUCUUGACAACCCCAUUUCUUUUUCUUCAAAAUCUUUCAACGCACUGACUCCAUUUAGGCUGCGACUGAACCACAGAAGCAGAAACUCCAAGCUCUUUUUUGUUUCUUACAGGUAUUUCAUAGAUGAAGAUGAUGAAGAUGAUGAAGAGGAGGACGCUGAAGAUCACAACUUUGAUGAAGCAGUGGCUCUAUUCAAUGGCAGAGAUUACUACAAGUGCCAUGACUAUCUCGAGGUUCUAUGGCACGAAGCUGAAGACCCUACCAGAACUCUGAUUCAUGGUAUUCUGCAAUGUGCUGUAGGAUUUCAUCACCUCUUCAACCAGAACCACAGAGGAGCAAUGAUGCAGUUGGGAGAGGGGCUUUGUAAGCUGAGAAAGAUGGAGUUUCAAACUGGGCCGUUUCAUGAGUUUGAGAAAGACAUUUCUGCAGUUCUGGAUUUUAUAUACCAGACACAGAUAGAACUAGCUGCUUGCGGUGAUGAUAUGUGUGUGGCAAUGGAUCAAUCAGAAAGAUCUUACCAACUUCUAGGGGAAUAUGGUGCAGGACAACGUGUGUAUGAUCUAGAACUUGGUAAUGAUGCCUCAGUGUACAUUGUGUUCUAUCCACCAGGCUCUCAUGCUGCCACUGAACCACCAAGGGUAAAGCUUCCCAAAAUUAAGGCCGCCACAGAACAUCUUGUGGCCUAUGGUUAUCGAUAAAAAAUAGUUGAAAAGAAAAAACAAAAUAAACCUCGUCCAUCGAUUGUAGAUCAUUGAAAUUAAUUGGUGAGUUUAAACUUAGUUGCAUGUUAUAUCAAUGGCCUCUGUGCUCAACAGUGUAGAUGUGAUAAACCAGAGAAGAAUAGAACCAAUAUUAAUGUACAAUUAAAAAAAUUUCCUUUGAAUUAUGGUAUUCAUAAUAUAAUUCAUGAUAUCAUGUGUUUGCUCGAAA